CCGGCACUGUGGGCUGUCUGUGAACCCUUGGUCCUUGGGACUGAUUCAUCUCCUUGCCGUGCUAUCAUAUAAUAGGGCCGGGCAUCUGAAGUUCUGAACAAUUGGGUUCGACUAUGGCAUGUCGACCAAACUUUGGAACGCACAAUACCCUCGUUGUCUUUGACAGCAUCCCCUCGCUUUCGUCCCUCUUCGGACCACCCCCCGCGUGUCCUUUACAAUCGUUAUUCUCACUCGUUUCUACUGUUCUUGUUGUUAUUUUUUCGCGUCACUCGCUUUAGACUCACUGCUCACCCUCCGCCUUCACCGUCGCCAUGUCUCUCACCCGACAACCGACGUCGACAUCCAUCUCCCGAAAGCCGGUGCUGCCGGUCCCUGUGCCCGGCCGGGAACCAUCCCUUCAUCGGACUCUCGCAAGAUCCCACUCUACGUUGUGGAGACCGUGGAGUCCAGGCGUGGCCUCCCUCAGCGAGUACGAGAGGUCUCUGUAUAAGUAUCCAUGGUUAAGCGGCGGCGGCGCCGAACAGGCGGGCUACCAGGACCUCGAGGGAACUGGGGGCUAUUCCUCGGUUCCGCAGCCGACGACUUGUUCGUAUCCCAACGACAAUACCAUGCUUCUCCCUGCUUCCGUGCCGGAAGAGGCCGGACAACCUAUGAUGCAGGAGAGCAAAGCUGGCCAUGAAAAUGUGGGUUUGCAAGACGACACCUCGGACGAUCCCGAUCUUGUAACCUGGGACGGUCCCAACGACCCAGCCAACCCCAAGAACUGGCCCAAAUACCGAAGAUGGACCGCCACCGUCCUCGUGUCCUGCUUCACCUUCAUCUCCCCCGUCGCCUCCACCAUGCUGGCGCCCGCCCUCCCAACCCUGCAGGCCCAGUUCCAAAUCGAAAAGGACAUCGAGACGUACCUCCUCAUGUCCAUCUUCCUCCUCGCCUACGCCGUGGGGCCCUUCGUCCUCGCCCCGCUGUCCGAGAUGUACGGGCGCAUCGUUGUGUUGCAGUCGGCCAACAUGGUGUUCUUGCUCUUCAACACCGUCUGCGGCUUUUCCGCCUCCAAGGAGCAGAUGCUUGCUUUUCGCUUUUUGAGCGGCUUGGGAGGGAGUGCGCCGCAAGCUCUGGGUGGCGGUGUCCUCAGCGAUUGCUGGCGAGCGGAAGAACGUGGCAUGGCGACGGCAAUCUACAGUCUUGCGCCCUUCCUGGGUCCUGCCAUUGGGCCCAUCGCGGCUGGCUAUCUCACCCAAUACCUCGACUGGCGCUGGAUCUUCUGGACAGUCUCCAUUGCCGACGCUCUCGUCCAGGUCCUCGCCUUUCUCUUCCUGCCCGAGACCUACGCCCCAAAGAUCCUCUACCUCAAGGCCCGCAAGCUGAGGAAGGUGACGGGCAACAAGAUGCUGCAUACGGAAUACGAGCGGCCGGAUCGCACGUUUGGGCAGACGCUUAGGAAGAACCUCGUUCGGCCUUUUAUCAUGCUGGGCACCCAGCCUGUCUUGCAGGUGACUGCUGGGUAUCGGGCUUACCUCUAUGGGCUAAUGUACCUCGUACUUGCUUCCUUCCCGACGGUGUGGAUGGAUAUUUACCAUCAGGAGCCGGGACCGGCAAGUUUGAAUUACAUCUCCCUUGGAGUCGGCUUCGUGACUGGGCUUCAAGUGGCAGGGCCCGUGAUCGACAAGGUGUACACGACCCUCCAAGCAAAACACAACCACCCAGGCCGCCCCGAGUUCCGCAUCCCCCUAAUGUUCCCAACGGCCGUCAUCGCCCCCGCCGGCCUCCUACUAUACGGACUAUCAGCCCACUUCAAGACGCAUUGGAUUGUUCCCAACAUAGGGGCGGCCAUCUUCGCCGGAGGUCUCAUCCUCUCGUUCCAGUGCAUCCAGACCUACACGAUCGACACGUACGAACGCUACGCCGCCAGCGCGACGGGGGCGGCGGCCUUUGUACGCACAAUGGCCGGGUUCGGCUUCCCGCUUUUCGCUCCCCAGUUGUACCGCACCCUGGGCGUCGCGGCGGGGAACGGACUUCUCGCUGGCAUUGCGUGUGUGCUGGGGCUGGUUAUCCCGACUGUGAUGUGGAAAUACGGGGCUUGGCUGAGGAGUCAGAGCCCGUAUUGCUCGGGAUGAUGCGUCCCGGUCUACCCACACGACGGCGUGAGAUGAUGAGAAUGACUCGCCAGUUGUGCGGCAAUACUUUGUCAUGAUAUAGAUGCAUCAUGCAUGAUGGACAUGACGGCCCUUGACGUUUAGCGUCCGAUUUACGGCUUGAUGACAUGAUGACACGCGGUUAUGAUACGAUAAGUAUAUGCAGUGUUUUAUAUGCAAUUCCUUUACUUUCGGGUCAUAUCAACAUAGAUGAGCAUACUUAUAUAGUCAUACACUAGCAUUCUUACAAGCAUGGCGAAACUGCCGUCUACUAUGGG